UACCGAAUAUCGUACAUUUUCACUGGCGAGAGACUUACAUGGUGUUCUAGACAUGGCGAUGGACUUCAUUUCAGAGGCGGACUCUCGUUUUUUCGCCGACAAUUUGCUGUCCAGUGAAGAUUGGGAUGAUGGCACACUGUGUAACAUAGAGGACCUGCCAGACAUCAGUGACUUUGGCAGUGCAGACGAUCUCUUACAGAGGAUACCAGACAUAGAGUUUGAUGACUUGUUAGGAGGAAGGUCUGACCUGUUAGACGGCAGGUCGGACCUGAAGCUGUCUGACGGGUUCAACGACCCCUGGACUGACCUCGACAUGAACUUGGACCAGAAUGGCUACCAAGAUGUGCAGGUGAAGACAGAGCCCCUGUCUCCUGCCCCCUCCUCCUGCUCUGACUCAUCAGGGGAAGGUUUCUCCAACCAGAAGUAUUUUGACCACCCCCAGCUGUCCCCACAGAAUGGCACAGUCGAGGUGAAGCUGGAAACCCCCCCGCUGACCCCCAGCUCCCAGAACCCCUCCCCCCCUCCCCCCACGUCCCCCUAUCAAUGUAAACCCAUCGUGCCCAAACCCCUGGGGGUCCCCAUCAUCACAGCACAGCCCACCGGCACACAGACACAGACACAACCCAGUCUACAGGAGACAUUACAGAACCUCAAGGCACAGGCUCCAGGUCAGCCCAUAGUCCUGACACAGGCCGAGUUUGCCAGACUUGCAGCACAGGGGCUCAUCAAGCCGACCAAUCAGCAGCCUGUUGCCACGACGACGACCCCACAGCCUGCAGUCCCGUUGACCAAUCAACAGCCAGCUCCGCCUCCAGUCCAGGUGCCCCCUGCCAAGCCAAUCGCACCUGCCGUCUCCAAUCCAUCACUGGCCAAUGGGAACGUAGAUAUAAAGGUCCUGAAGCGGCAACAGCGAAUGAUUAAGAACCGAGAGUCGGCCUGUCUGUCCAGGAAGAAGAAGAAGGAAUACCUCCAGGGUCUUGAAGACAAACUCAAGGCCCUCGGGCAACAGAACGAGAAGCUGAGACAGGAAAACAACUUACUCAAGAAGAGGGUACAAUUUCUAAACAACGAGAAUGAGAGACUACGGAGUUCCAAAUCACUCUUUGGCAACAAACAAACCACCGUUGCUAUGGCGAUACUUUUCCUGGUCUGCUUCAACCUGGCCCCACUGGCUACAUACAGUUUGUUCAGAAGAACAUCAGAGCCAGAGUUAGGAGACAUCCCGAUCCGCCAUGCUCGGACCCUCCUGCAGUUCUCAGAAGAUGGGAACAUGUACUCACAGGACCCUGACCAGACCAACGACUUCAGGUACAGUGACCCGCCUGCGGACGUGGUCCCCGGGAAUGAGAGUAAACCCGGGCAGGAGAGGAGCAGCAGCCUGAGUGACAAGGCUCUCAUGAUCCUUCCUGAGUUCCCCAAACCCUCGGGCAGGAAACCUGGCAUGGAGGAGAGGGUGCUUCCCUCAUGUCCACUCUUCAACACUACUGACUCCAUCAGGUUGGCGGACGAGCUGACCGGCUGGCUGGCCGGGCUGCACAAACAGGAGUUCAAGGAGAAACAGCAGACAAAGAAGAAAACUCAGCCCAAGAAGAAGCCUGCAGUCCACAGGUCCCCCAAGCGCUACAAGAACACAGACCUUGCCCUGGCGCCCAGCGGGGAGGGCGAGGUUUACGAGGUGCAGGUGUUCGGCGGGCCGGAUCGCAGCUACCUGGAGUUCCUGGAGGCCAUCAACAGGAGGGAAGACACCUUCUAUGUUGUGUCAUUCAGGAAGGACCAUCUGCUGCUGCCUGCCACGGCUCACAACAAGACCAUGAGGCCGCGCAUGUCUCUCCUCAUGCCUGCUGUCAACGAAACUGUGAUGGACACCCGCCAGGGGCACAUGGCCAUGAUGCAGAUUGACUGCGAGGUCAUGAACACCCAGAUGAUCCAGCUCAAGACAUCCAACAUCCCUGCCUAUCUCCGCGACAACGCAACCUACACUGUCCCCUCCCCCAACAUGGACCCCAAAACUGUCCACGGCCACCCCCACCCAGAGGGCACCAUUCCUCCUAACUAGCCAAUCACAGCACUCCUUACAAGUCAACAGCCAAUCAGGAGUGUUCUUGUGAAUGUGCAGAGCCAAUCACAACACUCCUUAAAAAUUAACAACCAAUCAGGAGCACCCUUGUGAAUGAGCACAGCCAAUCACAGUCCGCGAUGUUGUGAUUGGCUGGGUACAUUCCUAAAGUUGUUUCUAAUUGGCUCCUUAAAAGUCAACAGCCAAUCAGGAGUGUCCUUGUGAAUGUACCCAGCCAAUCACAAUUCGCGAUGUUGUCAUUGGCUGGUGUACAUUUCCAAA